CCGGAGACUCAGAGACAGAGAGAGAGAGAGAGAGAGAGAGAGAGAGAGAGAGAGGACCACGUCCACCAGACAGGACUAAAAGAGAAGAGAGUGGAUGGGUGGAACAGAAAUCACCUCAUAAAAAAAACAUAAAAGUUGGAGAACACCAAAAUAGAAAUAAGUGGGAAAAUCAUGGUUUCAAUCAAAUAUUGGCUAAUGUGGGGAUCUGGACACUGGAUCUGUUCUGUAUCUGUUUAAAAUUUCCAUUUUUUACAUCUUCUAUAUAUAUAUAUAUAAGAAAUAAGGGAGAAUAUGUGAAAACAGACAUCUGUAGAAGGUAGAAGCAAACAGCUACGAGUACUUCUAGCUGAUUAAAAGCUGAUAAAAAAUCAAAUUUGGCUGAUAGAAAAUUCUAGACCUCUCAGAACCGUCAGCUAAAAGGUUAGAGAACUUUUACUUUUACUAAAGUUUUAUUGAAGUGGUUGCAAGACAGCAGCAGCAGCAGCAUCAGGAUCAGGAUGCGUGUGCUGAAUAAAGACCUGCGUCUGCAGGACGUAGUUCUGAUGUACGUGACCCUCCUGGCUGCGUUGGUGGUCCUGCUGGUGGCCCCGUAUCAGGCUCCGUCUGCAGCCGUCCCCCCCGGACCCCCCCUGUCCUACAGUGUUCCUCUGGACCCGGCCGGGCGACUGCAGCUCUCCUGGAACCUCAGCUUUUCCCGGCAGGAGAUUCACCUGCAGAUCCGGGUUAAAGACCUGCAGCACGGCCUCCUGAUCGGCCUCUCCGACCGCGGCCAGCCCACCAACGCCGACCUCGUGCUGCUGUGGAGCGACGGACACAAGUCCUACUUUGGGGAUGCGUGGAGUGAUGCUGAGGGCAGGGUGAUGUUGGACAGUCAGCAGGAUUACCAGCUGCUGGAGGCUCAGAACACUCCCACAGGAUUCACUGUGCUCUUCAGAAGACCCUUCAGCACCUGUGACCCUCACGACUAUGUCAUAGAGGAAGGCACAGUCCAUGUGAUCUACGCUCUGCUGGAUCAACCAAUCCGCUCCCUCCAGCAGCUUAACGUGUCCCGCCUCCAUACAGGCGUUCAGCGAAUCCUGCUGCUGCGUCCGGAUACUCCCGCCCCCUCUCUGCCUGCAGACGUACAGAGUAUAGAGGUUCUGGCCCCCGGCAUCACCAUCCCCAGCCAGGAAACCACCUACUGGUGCCACAUCUACCAGCUGCCCGCCAACAUGCCCAAGAACCACAUCGUCAUGUACGAGUCGGUGGUGACUCCUGGUAACGAGGCGAUUGUGCAUCAUAUAGAGGUGUUUGAAUGCUCUCCACAAAUGGACGUGGUUCCUCAGUACAGCGGCUCCUGCGACUCCAAGAUGAAGCCAGCAAACCUCAACUACUGCCGCCAUGUACUCGCCGCCUGGGCCCUGGGAGCAGAGCCGUUCUACUACCCCAUGGAUGCUGGCCUGCCGAUUGGAGGAGAAGGCUCUUCUAGGUUCCUUCGUCUGGAAGUUCACUAUCACAACCCUCUUAUUAUUUCAGGUCGUCAGGACUCCUCGGGUAUCCGGCUGUGGUAUACCCGGUCUCUGAGGCGGUUUGAUGCUGGGAUCAUGGAGCUGGGUCUGGUUUAUACUCCAGUUAUGGCGAUUCCACCGCGUCAGAGCUCCUUCCCACUCAGUGGAUACUGUAUACCUGCAUGCACUCGCACGGCUCUGCCUCAGGGGGGGAUCCAUAUUUUUGCUUCCCAGCUGCACACUCACCUGGCCGGGAGAACGGUGCGCACUGUGCUGGUGAGAGGAGGUAAAGAGGUGGAGGUGGUGCAGGAGGACAAACACUACAGCACACACUAUCAGAUAAUCCGUGUUCUGAGGAAGAUGGUGACGGUUCUGCCGGGUGAUGCUCUGGUGACAAAAUGCACGUUCAACACUGAGGACAGGAACAAACCUACAGUGGGUGGGUUUGGGAUCAUGGAGGAGAUGUGUGUGAACUAUGUGCACUACUAUCCUCGCACUCAGCUGGAACUGUGCAAGAGCCAUGUAGACCUGGACUACCUGAAGAAAUACUUCAGCCUCAUAAACAGGUUUCACGGAGGAGAGGGAUGCAGCUGUUCUCAGAGGUCUGUGGAGGAGGAGUUCUCCUCCGUAUCCUGGGAUCAGUUCAGUGAGGAGGUGCUGAACUCCCUCUACACCACCUCUCCCAUCUCCAUGCACUGCAACCAGUCCACCGCCGAGCUCUUCCCAGGAAAUUGGGAAAAACAGAAAAUUCCUGAAGUUCUGGAGGAGCUCCAGAGGGAGCCGUACCCCUGUGAACUCGGCCGAUCUCCCGCCUGGAGCUCAGGACCAACAGAGGUCCAAACCGACCACAUCCGUUAAAACACACUCAACAUAUAAUACCCACAAUAUAAAUAUGAAUAUCUAAAAUAUGAUGUAUGAGGAAGUUACUGUUUUCACUGAAGUAGUUUGUGAUUGUUUUCUGUUUUGAUUCUCUAAAGAAUUUACUGUACAUGAAGUUAACGCUUAAUGCAGCAUCCACACAGAGAUUGUAUAAUUGAAAAAUGUAUAAUAUAAUUAAAAAGAAUACAUGCACAAUUUUUUGAAGUAAUAUA